GGUUCGUCGCGGCAUCUCCCAAGGCUCUUGCUUUCUUCCCAGGAUGCUCCGAGCCGACUGCAUGCCGUGGUUGGCGGCGCGUCCCCCACGUGAUGCCGAACUGGCGGUGGCGGUUGCCCGGGCGACGGCUGGAAAGGUGGCGGCCCCGCAGGGUGGGCGCGGAUUACAGCCGCGGAGCAGUAGAUUUUUGCUGAGAAUUAACAGUAACCUUUCAAAAUGGGGGAUAUUCUGGCUCAUGAAUCCGAAUUACUUGGACUAGUGAAAGAGUAUUUAGAUUUUGCGGAAUUUGAAGACACAUUGAAAACAUUUUCGAAAGAAUGCAAAAUGAAAGGAAAAUCGUUAUCGAAAACAGGAGGCGGCUCUUUAAGGGAGUCCAAAUCAUUGAUAAUCCAGAAGGACCUCAUUGUUGCAUUUGACGACGGAGACCAGAAGGUGUUCUUCGGUUUGUGGGAAGAGCACAUUCCCAGUUCCAUCCGACAUGGGGAUGCCCUUGCUCAGAAGCUGGAGUUCUACCUUCACAUCCAUUUUGCCAUCUAUCUUCUGAAACGCUCCGUGGGGAGACCCGACAAAGAGGAACUGGAUGAAAGGAUGUCUUAUUUCAAAACCUACCUGGAGACCAAAGGGGCAGCCUUGAGCCAGACCACGGAGUUUCUCCCUUUCUAUGCCCUGCCUUUUGUUCCCAACCCCAUGGUACACCCGUCAUUUAAAGAACUCUUCCAGGAUUCUUGGACUCCAGAAUUAAAGUUGAAGUUGGAAAAGUUUCUGGCUUUAAUUUUUAAAGCGAGUAACACGCCAAAGCUUUUAACAUUAUAUAAGGAGAAUGGACAAAAUCACAAAGAAAUGUUGCAGCAGCUCCACCAGCAGCUGGUAGAAGCCGAGCGAAGGUCAAUGACAUACCUGAAACGGUUCAAUAAGAUCCAGGCGGACUACCACAAUCUCAUUGGAGUCACGGCAGAGCUGGUGGAUUCCCUGGAGGCCACAGUCAGUGGCAAGAUGAUCACCCCCGAGUACCUGCAGAGUGUCUGUGUCCGCCUCUUCAGUAACCAGAUGCGGCAGAGCCUGGCGCACAGCGUGGACUUCACGAGGCCCGGGACGGCUUCAACCAUGUUAAGAGCCUCCUUGGCACCCGGGAAGUUGAAGGAUGUCCCAUUACUGCCCUCCUUGGAUUAUGAGAAACUGAAGAAGGAUUUGAUUUGGGGCAGCGACCGCUUGAAAGCCUUCUUGUUGCAGGCUCUGCGCUGGCGUUUGACCACAUCCCAUCCCGGAGAGCAGAGGGAGACCGUGCUUCAAGCUUACAUCAGCAACGACCUCUUGGACUGUCAUAGCCACAGCCAGAGGAGCGUGCUUCAGCUGCUGCACUCGAAGAGUGAGGUGGUACGACAGUACAUGGCCAGGCUCAUCAAUGCUUUCGCGUCCCUGGCAGAAGGUCGCCUCUACCUUGCCCAGAGCACAAAGGUCCUGCGGCUGCUGGAGCAGCGGCUGAAAGAGGACGACAGGGACGUCAUCACCCGGGAGAACGUCCUCGGCGCCUUGCAGAAGUUCAGCCUCAGGCGCCCGCUGCAGACAGCCAUGAUUCGAGACGGCCUCAUCUUCUGGCUGAUCGAUAUUCUGAAAGACCCUGAUUGCCUGUCCGACUACACGCUGGAGUACUCGGUGGCUUUGCUUAUGAACCUCUGCCUCCGGAGUGCAGGGAAGAACAUGUGUGCCAAGGUGGCCGGCCUCGCGCUGAAAGUUCUUUCAGAUCUGCUAGGCCAUGAAAAUCACGAGAUACAGCCAUAUGUGAAUGGAGCACUGUACAGCAUCCUUUCUAUCCCGUCCAUUCGUGAAGAAGCAAGAGCUAUGGGGAUGGAAGACAUCCUUCGCUGCUUCAUCAGAGAAGGCAGUGCUGAAAUGAUCCGCCAGAUCGAAUUCAUCAUCAAGCAGCUGAAUUCAGAAGAGCUACUGGAUGGUGUUCUUGAAUCUGAUGAUGAUGAAGAUGAAGAUGAUGAAGAGGACCAUGACACUAUGGAAGCCGAUCUGGACAAAGACGAACUGAUCCAGCCCCAGCUCGGAGAACUCUCAGGGGAGAAGCUCCUGACCACAGAGUACUUGGGAAUCAUGACCAACACGGGGAAGACGAGGCGGAAGGGCCCGACCAGCGCACAGUGGGGUAGUGACGAGCCCCUGUGCCGGCCUGUCACCCCCGGGGGCCACAGGAACGGGUACCCAGUGCUGGAAGACCAUUCCACUUGUCCCCAGAUGGUCCACUGUGCCAGAAAUGGCUACUUCCCGACUCUGCUGAACUCCCACCUUCCAGUCUGCAAGGGGGCCGAGCCUGGUGCUUCUGAGCCUUGUGCUUCAUCUUCAUCCUCCAUGGACGCCAAGCCAGGAGCGUGGUUGCCAACAGGACGUCAGGGAGAGCCUCGCCUGCCCCCCUCCGGGGCCCCCGGCCAGCCGAUGGAGGUGCCCUGGGCCCCAGGCACUGGGGAAACUACCAGGGAACUUUCAUCAGCCUUCACUUGCAAGCCCCGGACCCCCCGCACCCCGGAGAUCCUGGACCUGAACCCACCCAAGGCCAAGGAAUCGGCUCUGGCCCCUCAGUUCUCCUGGGGUGGCCCCCAGCAGGCCAGCCGCCCUGGGUCCACAGCAUCCUCCGGGAGGGGCCUGCAGAGCAGCCAAUCUCACAGGAAGUGAGGGCGGUUUCUUCCCCAGUGUCACCGUCCCACUGCAAGAGAACCGACCAGCUUCCUGUUCUUGGCAAGCCGGCAGCUGCAGGUGACAGAUGUGGGAGACAGAUGUGGGAGACAGUUGUCUACGAGCCUCUGGGUGGCUAUGGCGAGCUGAGGAGAGGACGGCUGUCCAGGCAGGCCAAGCACAGGCCCAUGCAGCCCCAGGACCCAGGCUCCUUUUCUGUUCCUGGCACAGCUGGCACAGCCAGAUGGGGAGGGUUGGAGAGGCCCGGUCAUUGUCCUUUCCUGGUCGCCCUGAGCACACACAAGAUGACAGGGCUGUCACAGGCACAUAGCUGGGUAGACAGCGUGAGCCAAACCAGCGAGCCUGUCCAUCCAGGAGCUUGUGUGGGGGAACCUGGGGUUCAGAGAGCUCAGCCAGAGCUGGGCCGUGGCCUCAGCGGAAACCAGCUCUUCUCACUUGGACCAACUACGAAGAAACGAAAGGGACUUAAAGUAAGAGAAACUCAUUCUCAAGCCAUGUGCCUGAGCAGCAGACUUGAUAAUUUCUUCCUCUUUUAAAAUCGGGUAAGAAUACUGUUAGUUCCCAUACAGAUAGUGCCCCCCAAAAAAUGUAUACACAUUUUAAGAAAGGAAAAACUGUAUUAAAAUCGUAAUACUCAACAUAGACCGACAACAAAAGAUGAAUGCAAGUUAUGUGUAUACAUUUUUUGGCACCCCCGGUAUAGCUCAGAAUGCGGCUGGUCCAGAGCAGCCCUGAGCUUCUGCACAUGUGUUUUAAAAGCUGAGAAGGUUGACCAGUUUUAACACCCUGUUUCCUUCCCUCCAUUUAAACCUCAACCGCAAACAGCUCCACGGGCAAAAUGACUAGUCCCCGUGGGGGAGGCCUGUGCCCACUCCUGCCGAGGGUGACAUCAGGGCUCAGAUCAUAGGACAGAGAAAGGAAAUUCUCCUGCAGAGCCAGCAAGGCCCCCGUGUCUGAAAUGGUACUAAAGCUAGUAGCAGGGUCUGACCUCAAUUAAAAUAGACAUAUUGAGAUAAGUUGAUCAAUGUUUGGAUGGCACUUGUGUGUGUGAAUACAGUCACAUGUUUUCCCAGGCACUCCAUCUGCCUUGGCCAGGCCCUUUAGUGGAGGCAUUGUGCCACUGGACAACAUUGCACUUUUCAGUGGCCUUCUGAUGCCUCAGGAGAGCAGGCCGAGUUGGUAAACAGAAGAGCGUUGGAGCAGGCCAGAGGCUGGGGACCCAUAAACUUGGCACAGGCAGGGACACUGGAUUAAUCUCAUGAGUUCUUGUCAGUGGCACAAGGCUGGGCACAUUAAAACUCCAUGAUUGUGUGACUGGCCCUGCGGCCACAUGCUGACUCUCUGGAAAUGUGUGAGCCCCUCUGUAUUCCUGGGGGAGAAGCUGUGGAGAACACUUCCCUGCCUUCUUGGGAAUGGCAGCCUCCAGGCACUCUGAAUUCCUGACUUGACCUGAGGAGGUACAGAGAAAACACAAAUGCUUAUCUCCAGUGUCAUUGAUAUGGACAGACCGGAAAAGCAGAGACGGAUCCCUGAAGUGGAAUCACUUUGUGGUGAACCGUUGAAAAGAGUGGUUGCACAGAAACAGCAGAGGAGCGUAAUGGAAAAAUCUCUCCGUUCUCCCCAGUAAACCCGCCCCCUUCAGAUUCCUCAGAUGCCGCCGACUGGCACGGCCUCUCCCCUGC